CGGAGUACAGUAUCUAAUUAAAGUUGCUGGGGUUAAUGUGGGAGCUGGAGGCAAUAAGCCCGUUCUGCAGUGUUUCCAGAAUCGGAGACACACACAUACACACACACACACACACAGAGUAUCGCGCACCGUGUCGGAGUAGGUUACAGGUGGAGUGCAGGUAACCAUGGAGAGAACUCACUUCCUCUUUAAGGAAUGCAGUGAUAUCACGUUGCAAAGGUCAGCACCGUGAAAGACAUUACGGCGCCGUGUUCCAAACUGCGCUGUUAGCUCAGUUAACAACGGAGGGAAAAGGAUAAGAAAAACAGCUCGUGUGAUUUAAUUUACCCUACGGUCUGGCGGAAAUGGCGUGGUGCCGUUGUCUCUGAUGACCGAGUGAAUAUCGCUGACUACUAUUUAAUCCGCUGCGCCUUCCAGUGGUCAAGAUCGAACCUGGGUCACGGGAACUGUGAGGCAGCAGAUUCUCUGUGUUUCUCCUUGGAAACGGAAAGAGAAGCCCAGAUGUGCAGUGAUAUCCAAUAGAAGAUGGAUUGUACUUCUUGACAGACAUAUUGAUGAGAGUGCAUUGGGAUACAUCUUUUGAAGGGACUCGGAGUCCCAGACAUUCCCAGAGCCAGCAGUCAGGACUGGCAGACCAGGCAGCCAAGCUUCCGUUUGCUUCAGCAGAGUCUUUGGAAACCAUGUCAGAGGCAGAGGUUCCCAUCGGAUUCACCCGGUCUAACCGAUUCCGACAGAGCUUGCCUCUGUCCAGGUCCACAAGUCAGGCCAAGCUCCGGUCACCAGGAGUGCUGUUCCUCCAGUUUGGUGAAGAAACACGGAGGGUCCACAUCACUCACGAAAUCAGCAGCAUGGACACCUUACAUGCUCUGAUCGUUCAUAUGUUCCCACAGAAGCUCACCAUGGGCAUGCUGAAGUCCCCUAAUACUGCCAUCCUCAUCAAGGACGAGACCAGAAACAUCUUCUAUGAACUGGAGGAUGUGAGGGAUAUCCAAGAUCGAAGUAUAAUAAAGAUAUUCAGGAAAGAUCCCAUUUAUGCACCAUAUCCGGCUUCCCAUAUUGCAAAUGGAGAUCUAAGGAGAGAGAUGGUUUACACAUCAAGAGAGUCCUCUCCCACCCGUCGCCUCAGCAGUGUCGCGUCUGGCUCCCCCCACCUUGUGUCAGCCUCCCCAUCACCGGGCCUGCAGUCGUCAUCCCCCUCCCGGUCACGGAUGUCGUACAGCGGCGGACGCCCCCCCUCCUACACUGGGAGCCCUGUCCACCAUGCCGAGCGGCUGGGCGGCUUGCCUCACUCGCAGCCCGCCUCGCCCAGCCCCAGCGCCAUCCUGGAGCGCCGGGACGUCAAGCCAGACGAAGACAUGGGCAACAAGAACGUGGUGCUGAUGAAGCACGAGAGCCUGUACGCAGACCCCUACAGUGCGGUGCACGAAGGACGCUUGAGCAUUGCGUCCACACAGUCUCUGGCCGGGCUACAAGAUCCCUUUUCUUACCCCAGUGGUCUGUACCGGCGGGGUUCUGUCAGGUCACUCAGCACCUACUCAGCUGCAGGCUUGCACAGUGACCUGGAAGACCCAUUCUACAAACCCAGCCCACCGAUUUAUAGCGAUGGUUACGGCACCGGCCUUGGCUACCGGAUGGCUCCUUCGUCGCCGCAGAAGAUCCCUGACAGCAGGUUGAUAGAUGCCCAGCAGGGCCAGAGCCCGCACAGUCCCUACUCCGGACCCUCUGGCAGGUCCCCGCCGGUGCGCCCAGCUUUCCGCAAGGACCCAGCCCCCGCCGGAACCGAGCCCACAGGGGCUAAACCCCGGAACGCCAGCCCAGCCGCAGCAGUGGCCGAUGUUCUUCCAGGACCCUCGGAAAGAGCAGGGGCGACUGACCGGCCAGCGUCCGGCUACAGCUCCCCACUGGCUGUCAAUGACCCAGAGACAAGGGAACGGAUGGAAGCCAUGGAGAAACAGAUUGCUAGUUUGACAGGACUAGUACAAAAUGCACUUUUACGAGGGAAUGAUGGAGAAUCUGCCAGCGAUAAAUCUGAAUUGAUAAAUGACAGCUCAGGCACUGGAACUCUGAGCCCAUCUGUCCGCAGUACCAUUCCCGGCUCAGCAGCGGGUACCAGAUCUGUCACCCAUCCCACUGCCAUCACCAGGCUUCAGAUGCAACUCCACCUGCACGACCUCCAGCAGAACGCUGGCGACCUCAGAACCCAACUCCAGCAGCUGCGGAAGCUCCAGCUGCAAAGCCAGGACACCAUGAAGCACAUGAUGAAGCGUUUGGAAUCGGAGAUCAGCAUCAGAGUGUCAGAGGCUCUGCGGAAGCAGGAAGACCCACUCCACCGCCAGCGCGCUCUGGUAGAGGAGGAGAGGCAAAAGUAUUUGAACGAGGAGGAAAUGAUUGUGCAACAACUGAAUGAUUUAGAGAAGUCGGUGGAUGAUUUGCAACGGGAUGCGGCCUUGAGUCAGCGACUGAUUACGGGGUCGGAACUGGAGGAGAAGGCACUGGUCUUGCGACAGCUGAGCGAGACCCUCACCGACCUGAAGGCCCAGUUCCCGAGUCUUCAGAGUAAGAUGCGGGUGAUCUUGCGUGUGGAGGUGGAGGCGGUGAAAUUCCUGAAGGAGGAGCCUCACAGACUGGACGUUCUGCUGAAACGCUGCAAGACCAUCACUGACGCCCUGGCCACACUUAGAAAUUGUUCGCCUUCUGCUUCAGCCCAUCCCGGGGAGGUCUACCCAAGACGGUUUGGCAGACAGCCAACUGAGGUGUUGAUGAAAGCUGAAGAAACCACUGCCCAGUCGCUGAAGCACACAAGCACAGAUUCCCACUCCAGGAGCUUGGAAUUUGAAAUUCCCACCAGCCCUCCCUUAGCAAAGAGCUGGCAGAACCACGAUCCCAGCUUAGCCCAGUUCUCCCAGAAUUCCCUGGCUCAUGCUGCUCCUUCCCAGAAUCCACAGGGAGCAACUGGGCAGAACAGCUCAGCGGAAGAGGUCCCCGCUCCGGGCAAGAGGAACUCUGAUCGAACCGUCUCUGUGGAGGCCGCCGAGCGGGACUGGGAUGAGAAACGCGGCAGCCUGCCUUCCUUCAGUAACAGGGAUAUUAACCGGCUGCUGGAGGAGACCCAGGCCGAGUUGAUGAAGGCCAUCCCCGACCUCGGCUUCGCCAGCAAACCGAAAGUAGCUGCCGCGGCAGACCAGAAACAAGCAAAGCCGCAACACGCCCAGAAAACGGCCGCCAAGGCAGAGGCCAAUGGCCGACGGCACUCAGAGGAACUGACGGUCCACAAGUACAGGACUGAGAAACCCUCCAAGUCACCACCUCCACCUCCGCCGCGCCGCAGUUUCCCCUCGUCCCACGGACUGACCACGGGCCGCACUGGGGAGGUGAUCGUCACAAACAAAAAGGAAGCCACACUCAAGAAGGCCGACUCCGACGAGACUGACACACAGAGACCACAUGUCAAGCUCCGUAGAACCAUGUCGGAGGCGAGACCUCCGUCAACUCCACCGCCGAUCGCGGCCUCAGCCAUUCGAGAUGACGAGGAUGAGGAGGACAGGAUCAUGGCAGAGUUGGAGGUGUUUCAGAGAGCAGUAAGUGAACAGGGCAUGGCAGAUACCAGGUCUUGCAGGCUUUUCCAGCCGGCUGGAGGAUGGAAGGAGAUGCAGGUCCCGAGAUCCCCAGGCUCCGCUCAGCUCCCUCGCAUUGUGUUGACCGAGUGGAAACCCAGCUCCUCAACCUCCUCUGAUGUGGCGGAGCCUGUUGUUCCUGGAGAAAUGGUGGAGGUGCCAGAUGAGAGAGUGGGAAAUGGUGCAACAGCUGGAGGGGGGACAGGUUCAACCGCUGUCCAGAGUCAACAGAAUUGGGCCACUUCUGAAACCUGGGCACAAGGCAUCCCAGCCAGAAUAGUGUUGGAGGAAUUUGCACUGCUCGAAGCUGACCUUGUCCAGGACAUCCAGACCCAGAUGGAGUCCCCUUCAAUGGCCGAAGAGAAUCUCCCAGAGAUCUCGUCUUCAUCUCCCUCUGAGGUUUCCUCCAAUAACAUCGAGGUAGUGUUGUCAGCCCGUAAUGCUGAAGAAAAUGUGGCUUUUAUGGAAAAUCAGAACCCAGCUUUAUCUGGGCCAGAAGUUCAGGGAAUCAUACAUGAAGAAGGUGAAGAUAUCCAUACAUGCAAUGUUUCUUCCUCAAAGGAAGAAAAUCCAGGGGAUCUUCUAACUCCAUCUGGAAGGCAACUGGGGGAGAAAGGGACUAUGAUGUCAUCAUUCGGCAUGAGGCCUGUUAUGGCCAUCUUUGGAGAACCUCUGGACAUCAGACCUGCCCAGAAGAGGCUUUCCACUGUCUUUGAAGAUCAGAGUGAAGAUGUUCAGCCGUUGAUGAGAGAGAAAGAUUCCAUUGAAGAAAUGCCCAAUUUGCCUACCCCAGCAGAAUCGCCAAUGCCAUUCUCUGUCUGUGAAGUAGUUUGCAGCCCUCUCCACACCGAAGCAAGUGACUGCAUUUCCCUGGGGAAGUCGGAGCCUUCAGCCUCUGAGAGUGGUGUUUCUUCUGAGGAGAACCUUGGAGAAUCCAGCUCAAACUCUAGAACUCUGGAUGAUACGGAGCAGAAAAACGGGAACUCAAGGGACAUCAGGGCUGGUCUUCCUGAGCCACAGCAGAAGGAGCUUGAUAAAGGCACUGAGUCAGGGCCGGAAAUGGGCAGGAAGGUCCUGCAAGUUGUUGUUUAUGAAGAGGAGGAGAAGAUCAACGCAAUGACAGGUCAGAAGCAAACAGAAGUGAAGAAGUUAAAGGUAGAUGACAUUGGGCAUGUCAAGAGUAGGACACUGAGGAACCAGGCCUCCGCAGCAGCUUUUGCUAGGACUGAGGAGAUCAAGAACAGCACCUACAAAACCAUGGACAGCCUUGAGGAAACCAUCAGAGAGUUGGAGUCCACCAUCUCCCAAAUCAGCCAGCACCCAUGCACCGAGUUUCUCUUCCCCAGUGAGCUUCUGCCUGCCCCUGAAACCUGUGAGCUGAGAGAGAAGCCGGUGGGGAAUCCAAGGGAUGACACAGACUGUGAACCAGCUGCUGCAAGAGGAGGGGAAGAGGCAAAUGAUGCCUCUUGUCCCAAGGACCAGCCAUGCCUUGGACCCUCUGAUUCCAGGAAGAGAACGUCGCCAACCACCAGGGUCAAGCCGAGCCUUCUCCCUAAACCCCAACUGCUGCCUCCAGAUCCAAAGAGCGGGGGCCGACUGCCAAUCCCUCCUGCCCCGAAACUCAAACAACAGCCGAGAUGUGAGAAGCCAACACACAGUAAGCAGCGGGACGAGUAUCUGAGGAUGCACAGUGAGCCCAGCACCCAGCAGAAACUUACGGGAGCUUCCAUACCAAUGGCUUCAAGCAAUGUGAUCCUCUCUGCAAUCUCCCCCACCUCUCCCCCUCCCGUCUUCUCCCCAUCCCUGCACUUUCCUGCCUCCCCCCUCACUCCUCCAUCCCUUCUGCUGCUCUCUCCUCUCUGCUCUGCCCUCUCCUGCCCAUUCUCUCCUCACACACUCUUCUCCCCAUAACCCCCACCACCCUCUCCUAUAUCUCCCCCCCAGCCACACCAGUCAAGGGGAACUGCGCGAAGAGGAGGGUCGAUUUACCGAGAGCGGCGCUGUGGCACCCUGGCAUCAGCCAGCCACCCGCUUUCACCCCAGGAUGCCAAGUGUGGUCAGAGCCGUAGUGUGUUAACCUCUCCAUUAAUAUUGAGAACAACACAAGCAGUUUAUAAAUAUAUCACAGGGUCAAAAGAUAUUAAAUUUGUCACACAACAAAAACCAAAACCUUGCAUUAAAUUCUCAUCACUUAGCAUGUUGUAUGGGUUGGACUUUUGUAUCUGAACAAGUGCAAAUAUAUCUCUUGUUUUAUGUCUUAUCUAUUAUCUGUUGCAUGGUGGUCAGUUCGGGGAGAUAGCACAGUACAGGCCCUUCGGCCCACAAUAUUGUGCCGACUUUUUAACCUACUCUAAGAUAAACCUAACCCUUACCUCCCAAGUAACCCUCCAUCAUCCAUAUGUCUGUCUAAGAGUUUUUUAAAUCUCUGCCUCUACCACCACCCCUGGCAAGGUGUACCCACCACUCUCUGAGUAAAGAACGUACCUCUGACACCCUCACUAUAUAUUUUCCCCUAAUCAGCUUAACAUUAUGCCCCCGUUGGUUCCACCAUUCAAUAAAAGUGAGCACCCCACAGUUUAUAUCUUCUGGCUCAUCUUCACUUCAUCUGGCACUAUUCACUAGAGGGCAGAUUGCCAGCUUGAUUUCUCUACUGUGUCCAAGAACAUUGAUUAUGAUGUAGUCGUGGAAGAAGGGGCGAAACCAAGUCUUCAGGUGCCCUGCCUCAGAGUAUGACUGCACUUUAGCUUCAAUGUUGUCCAGGGCCCUCGUGCCAGUGUUUGAGAGCAACACUGUGAACAAAAUGUAACCAGCCUCUCCCUGUGGUUGUCCUCAAUCCCUCAAAUUGGCCGCUCAUCACUAGUGUCUAGAUUAGGAUCCAAUUUAUUUUGUAAAUUAAAGAUUAACACAAUAUGGUGAUUACUCUAAUUACUCAGACCCAGGAUGUACAGCGUAAAGCAAACUGAGGGCUCUGAUUUCCUGCCGUGUUCAUUGUUUCCAACAUUUUGACGUGUUCGAAUCCUCACUGCCUUUUUACCCGUGGUCCCCUACCCUUGCCCUCAGUGUUUGUGCUUCCCACUCUGCUCACACACUGCCCCAUCCUCAGCUGGCAUAACGCAUUAUGGCUCUGAAAUGCAGCUUGUAUCUCAGCAUUGAUUUAAAACCAGCCCACAGUGAACUCCAGCCCUGCUCAGUAGUUGUAUUCGUAUAGAUAGAGGCUGAACCAUAGUGAACUGGAUAACUUUACCGUCAAAUAGGUUUUAAGAAAUCACAGAUACAAUAUUUACAAAAGCACAGGAUUUAAAAUAAAUAGAAUAUGAAGAAUGUUUUAUUUCUAUUAAUAUCUAGAAGUGCAGAGUAUCACUGGCAGAGUCUGUGUAUUCACUUAUUCUUUUUGUAUAUUGUCUGAAAUAGUUUUUUGUACAAAGAAUCGUAUUCACAAAGCAAUUAAUUGGAAUUACAGUAAGUUUCUUUACAUUUUAAGUGAAGUCUUUUAACACUUUGUAUUGAGUUUGUGUGAAUUGUAUCUGACUGCUUUGUGUAAGACUAUUCCUGUUUGAAUGUGGCUUGUGAGGAAGGGUAUGGUUCUGUAGACUUGCACCACUGAGUUCCCACUCACAGCUGGACUUCCUCAGGACAAACUCACAGUUCACCUCGCUCAUUCUGUUAAAACCUUCUCUAGGAGCGGAGAAAGAUCUUUCAGUGAAUGACUUUAAUUCAAAGGUCUUAUUUCUGUGGAGACAGGGAGAGGGACUUAUAUUUUCAGUUCUUUAUCAAUGGAAAACCAAUUGACUGUCUUCUGUCUAUACUUCAGGAGACGGAGAAUUAAUUGAAGACAAUGUCCCCUGUGACUGGUUUAUAUUUCCAGGCAUGAACAGUCUCCCCGCCCACUGCCCCCGUGACUGCUGAUAACAAGGUCCUGCUGCAAAUUCCCCUUCUGUAUUCUAAAUGAGACGAUGCAAUAUCCGUGUUACUUUUUGUUCUCUGUGCCUGAACCUUUCGAAAUGUGUUCAUCCGUGUGAGUGAAUGAUAACAUAAAGCUUACCAGGUGGCCAAGAAUAUUUGCUGAUUAAAAUUGGAUCAAUUCAUUCCUGGGUCUACCUAGCUCAAUAGGAGUUCUGCAUAAUAUUUUGCCAAGUAUAAUAUCUUCACCAAAUGCUUGAAAUCUUUAAGAGCAUGAAGUGUUUGGGGAAAAUAAUAUCUUUAUUAAAAUUGUAUUUUGACGGAAUAAUUAAACAACGUAUAGCAAUUUUGAAAUGUUAGCCCAAAAGAUUAGAUUUUUGUGUUUCUGAACAAUUACAUGGGGAAGGGAGUAGGCACAGUAGCUGCUUCCAAUUUAACGUUUUGUUGUUAAUAUUACAUUGCCAAGCUGUUCGAACCACUGCAAUGGUUUUAGAAUUGGAAAGUGUCUGGUUAGGAUCAUCCAUAAGGUAACCAGGACGGUUCAGGUUGAGGAGGGUUUUUCAUUCUAAAUGUCCCACACUCUUAAAGGUAGCGUGGACUAACUUCCACUGAAAACUCUCUUAGCUUUAUUCCAGCAAGGUACAUGUUUCAGAGUAUCAGGCAGUCUGAUUGUCAAUAGCAGCAUCAGCAGAACAACAGAAGAGAGCGGAAACACUGAAACACAGCUCGGGGAUUUCUCACUCAAUGCACAAGUGUGUAUUCAGAAAUAGACAAAGCAUUGUUUCCCUGCACUUACCAUUAACUAGUUUGUACAUAAGAAAUCCACUUCACCCUGAGUAUAUUUUAAAUUAUUUAUUUGAAAUAAUUCAUAGUUAUAUCAAAUGCAAUGGAAAGCUAGCCAAAAAAUUAUAUUUUUUAACAUUGUCACAAAGACCUCCUCCCUCACAGAGACAAAAAAAAUGCAAACCUUAACACCGUUGCAAGCCAAUGAACUGUGACAUCACUACAUGGUAUCUAAACAUUUGCUGUUAAAGGACUAAAUGUGCUGAGAAUGUCUGUCUGCUCAGGACUCUAUCCUUCCUCAUUCAAUUACAAGGCAAUGAUUGUUUCAACAUGUAUAUAAAGUCUGUGUUUAGAAGAAAAAAAGUUUAAAAAACUCUAUUUAAGCAAAAUGUAAAAGUGAAAAAAAUAUAAAAUGCCUUUUUUUUUGCCUUUUUUAUGCAUUAAUUUUUUUUACAUGAAUGUGGACAUUUUUCAUAGUUUCCUGAACAAUGUGGCAGCAAUCAUAUAAAACAUCACAAACUCACUUUAUUCCUGCUUUUAAAUAAUAAAGAUUCUAAAUAUGCAUGUAUAUGCUAAAAAAAAACUGCACGCUGCAUCUAGAUUAGUGUCUGUCUGUGAAUCUUCCAAUCUAAAGAAAUAAAGAAUGUGAAAAUCUGGAUACAAUAGGAACAUUUUUGUUUAUAGACUGUGCUUAUUUUUUUUCUCCUGAUGCAUGGGGCUUUACUGAAUUUUCAGUACAAGCUGUGAUCGGUUAUUGUAUUGAACAUAUCUACAGAGUUUUUGUAAGAGGAGAUCUUCCAUUUGUAGAGUAGUGAGAUGUGUACUGAGUCAAUGCCAUGACAAUCUGUAAUUAAUGUGGUUUCUGUGAAAGAUGAAAUAAAGGGAUUGCAUUUUUGU